UGAACUCGUUUAAGUUUUAUAAUGACCCUUCAAGGCCAGUGGUAUUAUUUUUUAAUUCAUUUUUGAGCUCUUCCAAGAGUUCUUUUGGGACUUAACACCCUUUCCCACUUUCCUUUAAGCCUCCACAUGUUUCCAUUUUGGCAUUUUUAUCUGCUUCUGAAUUUGUAUUUUGAUCUUCCUUGUAACUAAAGUGUUGGGUUUUUUAGAUCAGAUUUUUUCUUUGGAGACAUCUUAACAGUAUGAAGUUAGUUUUGAGAAGAAUAUAGCUUAGUUUAGUCAGAGAGUGUGUUGUGGGGUUUUAGUGAGGGUUAAGCAGUUCAGAGUAGCUUGAAGAAACCAAAGACUUUGCUGUGAGGCAAACAGAGGAAAGUGGGUGGAUAUUUAGUUUCUCUUUCCUCAGACUCAUAUCUGUCAUAAAUAGUUUUUUAUAUAAUUAUUUAGUCUCCAAGCAAUUCUAUAUUAGCCUAGUGAAGGGGAGUCACUCCAGGCUUUCCUUCAAGAAGGAGAGCUGACAGAUACUUUGUACCCAUUAAACAAAGUAUCCUAACACAGCAUCCUCCUCAAUAACAUCGUUUAGAAUCCUAAUACUUCAGAGGGGAGGUCCAACACCAAACUGGGGUGUGUGUGUGUGUGUGUGUGUGUGUGUGUGUGUGUGUGUGUGUGUGCUUCUUUGCAGGUCUUUGCAGAAGUGAACCAGGACCUGCAGAGGUUUGGGGCCCGAGUGUCAGGUGAGAUCCUCUCCUUGGGGCAGGAAUGUGAAGCGAUGCCUCCCAGACUUCAGCACUUCGAUGGAUGGGGGCAGCGGGUGGACCACAUCCUCACCUGUUCAGCUUGGAAGAAACUAAAGAGGAUUUCUGCUGAGGAGGGAUUGAUUGCCAUAGGCUAUGAGAGGAAAUACUCCAACUGGAGCCGAGUGUACCAGGCAGCCAAGCUAUUCAUGUUCUGUCCCUCCUCUGGAAUGUUCUCUUGCCCCCUGGCCAUGACUGAUGGUGCCACAAAGGUCCUAGAGGUGAUGAAAAGCUCAGGGCCACCAGGAGAAGCUUUCAGUCAUCUGACCUCUCGAGACCCAAAGCUCUUCUGGACUUCUGGCCAGUGGAUGACCGAACGCAAGGGAGGCUCUGAUGUGGCCCAUGGCACUGAGACAGUUGCCUGCAAGCAGGAUGAUGGUACAUACAAACUCUUUGGAUUCAAGUGGUUCACCUCAGCGACAGAUGCCGACAUGACAUUGGCCCUUGCCCGGAUCAUGGACGCUCAGGGCUCUGUGACCAAGGGGACCCAAGGGCUGUCCCUCUUCUUCUUGAAGCUGAGAGAUGAGCAGGGAGAACUGAAUGGCCUCGAGGUACAACGUCUGAAGGAGAAGCUGGGUACUCACCAACUGCCCACCGCUGAACUGCUGCUGGAUGGUGCCCGAGCACAUCUGGUAUCCCAGGAGGGCCGAGGGGUGGCCACCAUCGCCAACAUGCUGAAUAUCACCCGGAUAUACAAUUCCAUAAGUGCUGUGGGCUACAUGAGGAGGAUGGUUUUCAUGGCUCGAGACUAUGCCACCCAGAGGUUUGUGUUUGGAAAGUUCAUCAAAGACCACCCGUUGCACACCCAGACACUGGCCCGGAUGGAGGUGCAGGUUCGAGGCGGGUUCCUCUUGGUUAUGGAGCUGGUCAGGUUACUUGGCCUGGAAGAGACCAAUAUGGCAACCACACAAGACUCUCACCUCCUCCGACUGCUGGCGUCUGUGGCCAAGCUUUACACUGGAAAGCAGGCAGUUGCCAUUGUCUCUGAGGGGCUGGAAUGCUUUGGUGGACAGGGCUACAUGGAGGACACAAACUUGCCGGUUCUUCUUCGGGACAGCCAGGUGCUGACCAUCUGGGAGGGCACCACCAAUGUCCUCGCCCUGGACACUCUAAAAGUCCUGGCUAAGAGUCAGGGCCAAGUGCUGCAGGCCUUCUCAGCAUCUGUCCAGGACAAGGUGGCCUUGGCUUCAGACUGCUCUGAGCUGGCUUCUUCCGUCCAGUGCCUGCAGGAGGCCCUUGGGAGGCUGGCCUUGCAGCUGGAGAAGCUCCUAGGGCAGGGCAGCACUUCCAUGGAAAUGGCUGCCAGGGACCUGGCCUACACCUUGGCUCGCAUCUACAUAGGGGCCCUUUUGAUAGAGCAUGCAGCCUGGGCUGAGGCUUCUCCUUCUGACAUCUAUGCUUCACAGAGAUGGUGUGAACAAGACCUCUGCCCCUUGGACACUGCUCAACAGGCUGGCUGCUAUGAGGCCGAUGCUGUUUCCCGAGACAUAGACCUGGUCUAUGAGGGAAGCCCUACUUUCAAAAGAAAGGGAAGUGCCCAGGCUUCCCCCCAAACAGAAGUCUAAGCAUGGUGGAGCCCCCAAAAGAAUGUUUAACAGGAGGGAAACGUUAAGGUGCUCGACCUGUCUGAAACAUGCCACGUGCCCCCAAGGACCAGCAUGUCUUCAAUGACUUGAACCCUUAAUGUUCAGGAAAAAGAUCUGUAAAUAGUUCAUAAAACAUCCCUUAGUUUUGAUGCCUCAUAAGGAGUCACAAUUGUAUAAAUUGAGAUUUUGAACCUUUGACUUCAUUCCCCAGAAGUCCUUAGGAUUUCCCAAAAUUCCAUAUAAUCUCUCCUGUGUCUCCAUGUAGGCGAGAUCACAUGAUUGGUAUUUAACUGGCUGUAACUCCUCCCACGCCCUCUUUGGCAUGAUGCAGCAGUCAGUGGUGAUGGUGGGGAUUUCAAAAAUGGCUAACCCGCCAUGGACACGUGUUUUUAUUUUGUAUCCUCUUUAUUCCUUGAUUUCUAAUAGUCAUUUAAUAAAUCCUCUUUAAGAUAUAA